AUGGAACCCUCCGAGCAACAAUGGAAUUUUUCCCCCUCUUCACUUCUAUGGGCCCACGAAAUCCGGCGAGAAAACAUUCACCUGGCAGAUGAACUACACAGGACCAAAGCUGACCUCGCCUCGACUGUGGGCGCUGUUAAAGAUCUAAGACAGAACUUCAGUGAAUUAAGCCAACAAGUGAGGCAAGCGGACACUGAUGGCAGUGAACAAUUUAAGACUAUUGAAGUCAAGUUCGAAACGAGACUUGUACCUCUAGUUGAACGUAUCGAGGUUCUAGAAAUCGAGAACGGGGAACUGAAGAGAGAUUUUGAGAACGUCAGGAGAGAAUAUACUGCGCGUUUGAACGAAUUAGCCCGUACACUGGACUCUAUGAAGUCGGGGAGUAUGGCAAGCGAGAGGCGGUUCAAUAUCAUUGCGUCUGAUUUGGUACGAGGAAGGUCAGAGGUACUUGUUCCUGACUCAUUGCCUAAGAAUAAUGGUAUUGCUUUGAUGCAUGACCGGGGAGAUUCUUUGCGGGCGUUGUCUGAGACUACGUGGGGGCCGUCUCAGAGUAGUUCGAUUGCUAAAACGUGUACCGCUAAUAUUUGUCUGCCCGGUGAGAUAGCUACGAAGGGACAGGAGGGUUUAUAUGAUCUUUUCAAGCAGAAUAUGAGAUCGCUAGGUGAGUAUUGGUCGUACGCCUUGGAUGCACGGAUUCAGUUGCCCUUGUGGGUCAAAAGCAGCGAGAUUGCGAAGGCUUUUGUACAUGGGCUUGACGAUGACGUUAUCAGACGUCUAGUUGAGGGACAUUUGGAUGUUGCCGGAUGGUCGUGGGAAGUUCUGGCCGAUAUCAUGCGUCAAAAGCUCGACGAGGAUAGAAAAGCUCAGGCAGGGACAUUGCCCCUUCGAGUGAAGGCGGAUCCAGGGAGGGAAACCAUCGAUAUUUCGAAAGUCAACGCUCCGAUUAAACACAAGAAGAAGAAGAGGAAGCGCAGGGCGAUACCCAUUGUACCGGCUGAUGAAGAUGAUCUUCUUGAGAUGGGAUUGCAUUGA